AUGGACCGCGGCCAGCCCAGCCCGGAGCUCGCGGUAGCGGACCACGUCGCCCCCGGCCCGAGCGUGAUCGCGCCCGUGCGCGCCGUGGUCCGCCUGCGCCGCCGCGUGCGCCUCCUGCGCAAGCGGUGUUUUUCGCCUACGGCCGUGAGGCCGGACUCCGAGCCCCGGGCGCCGCGCGCGGACCCGUUCCAGCCUCAGUUCUUCACCUUCGACGGUCCGGCGGAGCUGUCCUCGAGGCCGCCGCGAAAGAAGCGCCGGCGCAGCCGCAUGGUGCUCUACCCCGAGAUGUCGCGCAAGUACCGGCCGCGCGCGGAGCGCCGGAGCCGCGCUCAGCGUUGCCUGUUGUUGCUCGUGGCCAUCGUGGGCUUCCAGGUGCUCAACGCCAUCGAGAACCUGGACGAUAACGCGCAGCGCUAUGACCUUGACGGGCUGGAGAAGGCGCUGCAGCGUGCCGUGUUCGGCCAGCAGGCGGCCGUGGAGCGCAUCGUGGCGCUGCUGCGGGACUACCUGGCCACGCACGUGCACAGCCGCCCGCUGCUCCUGGCGCUGCACGGGCCCAGCGGCGUGGGCAAGAGCCAUGUGGGCCGCCUGCUGGCGCGCCACUUCCGCGCGGUGCUCGAGGACGGUGCGCUCGUGCUGCAGUACCACGCGCGGCACCACUGCCCCGAGCCGCGCUCCGCGGAGGACUGCCGCCAGGAGCUGGCGCGGCGCGUGGCCGACGUGGUGGCGCGGGCCGAGGCGGAAGAGAAGACCCCGCUCCUGGUUCUGGACGACGUGGAGCUCCUGCCGUCGGCCCUGCUGGACGAGCUGCACGGCUUCCUGCAGCCGCAGCGCUCGCACCAUUUCCACAAUGCCAUCUACGUGCUCCUCAGCGGCAAUGGCGGCGCGGAGGUCACGCGCUUCGUGCUGCAGAACGCGUCCCGCGCGCGGGCCCCGCGCGCAGACGGCGCCCACGGGGCCGGGGCCGCGGCGGUGGCGGCACAGGCCGAGGAGGAGCUGCGCGCCAGCCUGAGGGCGCUCCUGGUCCGCGAGCACCCGCUGUGGCAGGUCGCGACUAUCGUGCCCUUCCUGCUGCUGGACAAGGGGGACGUGGUCAACUGCUUCCGGGACGAGAUGGCCGGGGAGGGCUUCUAUCCGGAGCAGGCCCGCGCCGAGCUCCUGGCCGCGCAGCUCAGCUACUACCGCGCGGCUGGCCGCGAGUUCGCCGUCACUGGCUGCAAGCAGGUGGUGGCCACGGUGAACCUUUUGUAG